AUGGCCUUAAUUCCUGAAACAUCGCCCCACUACACCUACAGUCUCAAAACCGUGCUCGCCUGUCCCGCCCGCUACCCGCACACAGUGGAGCUCGACACCCCGUCAAACCACGCCGAAGACUACCAGCUCCGCAUCUCCUACCGCAAGUACCGGACCACCCGCCAGCUUGACCCCUCGACCAAGCCGUUAAACCUUGCCUUCUGUCAUGGAAACGGCAUGAAUAAAGGGCUUUGGCACUACCACAUCGAUAAGCUCUACCAGCAGUUCCCCCAGCUUAAUGUGGUGAUUGCCAUUGAUCAAGUCAACCAUGGUGACCUGGUGCCUCAUAACCGAGGUAAGAUCGGUAGUGUAUACAACUGGAACGACGGUGGUAAGGAUGUGGCGAAGAUUUUGACUGUAGACGAACAGGAUGUGUUUUUACAACCAAAUGCCGUCAACGUUUUGAUUGGCCACAGCUUGGGAGGCUUUCAACUGCUUAUGGCCACCAGUCGAGAACCUCAAUUAUUCGAUUCUACAAUUAUCAUCAACGGGGUGACGGAGCUGGGACAACGUUAUAAAGACCUGAUGAAGCGGCUGGUGAAGCUGUGGCUGGACGCCCAGCGGGUGGUGCUGGAGUUCGACACUAAAGGCAAAGACUGGUACGCCGAGGUGAUGAAGUUUAUGCAAAAACAACUGUUUUUCAAGCGGUUCCAGCCGACGGUAUUGCACAAUAUGGUCUACGAUGAGUACCUGGGAAUCUAUGACCAAAACCAAAGCUACGAUCGCGUCGAAUUGAAGACCAGUGCUCGUGCCCAAUAUACCGUAUACAGAGAUGGUCCCGAUCUGAUUUGGGAGUCGCUCCCCAAAUAUGAGCUGAUUACGCUGAAAGUGUAUGUGGUAUUUUGCGAUAAAGAUCUUUUAACUCCCGAGGGGAGAGAGGACCUCAUUCGCCGUUUACCUAACGCUGAACACGUAUUGAUUAAAGACCGCUACCACCUUUACAAUGCUGAACAGCCUGAUGAGUGUUUAGCCACGAUUACCCCCUGGAUUGAAGAGACUUAUGCCAACGCUAAACCUAAAUCAAUCGACCCUAACAACUGUGGUCCUGGAGUCUCGGAGAGAUUAUACCAAAAGUAUCUCAGUGAGUUUAUCUCCAAGCUUUGA